GGAAAACAUGGAUCUCUUUGAGGGCAGAUCAGAGGACUUAAGAUUGGUAAAGGACAGGGCAGAGUGGAAUUGUGCUGCUUGGUGGGGGGCCGCACGGGCCUGGCCACGUCAGAGCCAAGACUGUGGAACGGGUGCCACUUCUCCAGGGCGGUCAGGCGUUGCGCUGCCCUGGAAACCGGGCGCUCCCCGACGGGCUGAGGUGGCCCUAGACAUUUCGAGUCCUUCGCAGAAGAGCCUGGAGCAAAGGAGCCUCGAAAAACCCGGGAGCAAGGUGAAGGCAGCCAGUAGAUGUUUCCGUACGCCCUAACUUCGGUGCGAUCAGCAGCUGCCCAAAGACCAUGCAGGAGGAUGGGGGUGACCCCGAAGGACCCGGGGCAGGCGCCCGUGAGGACUCGAUUGCCCCACCCCAACCCUUAAGGCGCCCUUCGAGAGGCCAAGGACCGAAGCGAGCUGGCUCGGGGGGUCAAGCAGGAGGCGCUCUCCGCACGUCUCCACUUCGGGCUCGGACCUCAGUCUCCUCCUCCCGGCAUUGGGCUUUCGGCCCCCGCGGUUGGGCGACCAGAUCUAGCCGGCCCACCGGCGCUCGCUCCCCUGGGAGCCGCCCCCGGGCUCUGGAAACGACGCGCCGCGCUCCCUCCCGCCGCCGCCGGGCCGGACGUGAAGGAAGCGCGAGGCGGCCGGGCGAGGAGCUGCGGCUCCCCAGGGGUGUUGCUGUCUGGUGGUACAGAGAAGGACCCUGCAGGGCUCUGCCUCCCUGGAUCAGCUGCUGACGGAGCUGGAUGACUUCCUCAAGAUUCUGGACCAGGAGAACCUGAGUAGCACAGCUGUGGUGAAGAAGAGCGGCCUGGCAGAGCUCCUUCGGCUCUAUACCAAGAGCAGCAGUUCUGAUGAGGAGUACAUUUACAUGAACAAAGUCACGGUGAACAAGCAACAGAAUGCCGAGUCUCAGGACAAAGUGCCCAAGGAGCAGGGUCCACUGACCAAUGGGGAGCCUGGUCAGCACUCCUCGGCUCCUCAGAAGAGCCUUCCAGACCUUCCACCACCCAAGAUGAUUCCAGAACGGAAACAGCUCGGGGUCCCAAAGAUCGAGUCUCCUGAGGGUUACUAUGAAGAGGCUGAGCCAUAUGAUACGUCUGUCAAUGAGGAUGGAGAGGCCGUGAGCAGUUCUUACGAGUCCUACGAUGAAGAGGAGAACAGCAAGGGCAAGUCCGCCCCCUACCAGUGGCCCUCCCCCGAGGCCAGCAUCGAGCUAAUGCGUGACGCCCGCAUCUGUGCUUUCCUGUGGCGCAAGAAGUGGCUGGGCCAGUGGGCCAAGCAACUGUGCGUGAUCAGGGACACCAGGCUCCUGUGCUACAAAUCCUCCAAGGACCACAGCCCUCAGCUGGAUGUGAACUUGCUGGGCAGCAGCGUCGUCCACAAGGAGAAGCAAGUGCGGAAACAGGAGCACAAGCUGAAGAUCAUGCCCAUGAAUGCAGAUGUGAUCGUGCUGGGCCUGCAGAGCCGGGACCAAGCCGAGCAGUGGCUCCGGGUCAUCCAGGAGGUGAGCGGGCUGUCUUCCGAAGGACCGUGUGAGGGAAACCAGUACACCCCAGAAGCCCAGCGCCUGAACUGUCAGAAACCAGAUAUAGCUGAGAAGUACCUGUCAGCCUCUGAGUAUGGGAGCUCCGUGGAUGGCCAUCCUGAGGUCCCCGAAACCAAGGAUGUCAAGAAGAAGUGUUCUGCCGGCCUCAAGCUGAGCAACCUGAUGAACUUGGGCAGGAAGAAAUCCACCUCGCUGGAACCUUCAGAGCGGCCCCUCGAGACCUCCAGUUACCUGAACGUGCUGGUGAACAGCCAGUGGAAGUCACGCUGGUGCUCCGUCAGGGACAGUCACCUACACUUCUACCAGGACCGGAACCGCAGCAAGGUGGCCCAGCAGCCGCUCAGCCUGGUGGGCUGUGAAGUGGUCCCAGACCCAAGCCCUGACCACCUCUACUCCUUCCGCAUCCUCCACAAUGGCGAGGAGCUGGCCAAGCUCGAGGCCAAGUCUUCCGAAGAGAUGGGCCAUUGGCUAGGCCUCCUGCUGUCUGAGUCAGGCUCCAAGACAGACCCAGAAGAGUUCACCUACGACUAUGUAGAUGCUGAGCGGGUUUCCUGUAUUGUUAACGCGGCCAAAAACUCUUUGCUGCUGAUGCAGAGAAAGUUCUCAGAGCCCAACACUUACAUCGACGGCCUGCCCAGCCAGGCCCGCCAGGAGGAGCUCUAUGAUGAUGUGGAGAUGUCAGAGCUGACACCAGCGGUGGAACCUGCCGAGGAAGCCACGCCCUCCACAGAUGCCCUUAGUGAGAAUGAGCCUGACAGACUGUACCUGGACCUCACGCCAGUCAAGCCCGUCCUGCAUGGCCCCAGCAGUGUGCAGGCCCGGGCCUCCUCCCCUGUGUCACCACAGCUGGACGACAUGGCCAAGGUCUUCCCUGCGGACCCUGGUCCAGCCCCGGAGGACCUCUGUACAGUGUCUCCAGAGAGCCAGGGGGAGCAGAGGCAGCUGGCAAGUCAGGAGCCGGAGGAGCCUGCCCUGAGAAUCACCACGGUCAAACUGCAGGCUGAGCAGCAGCGAAUCUCCUUCCCGCCGAACUGCCCGGACAUCUUGGCUGCUGCCCCGGCGAGCACCAGCCCGCCUGUGAAGGACAGGCUGCGGGUGACCAGCGCAGAGAUCAAACUUGGCAAGAAUCGGACAGAGGCCGAGGUGAAGCGGUACACAGAGGAAAAGGAAAGACUUGAGAAGAUGAAGGAAGAGAUCAGAGGGCACCUGGCUCAGCUCCGGAAGGAGAAGCGGGAGCUGAAAGAGACUCUGUUAAAAUGCACAGACAAAGGCGUCCUGGCCAUCCUGGAGCAGAAGCUGAAGGAAAUUGACGAGGAGUGCCGGAUCAAGGAGAGCAGGCGUGUGGACCUUGAGCUCAACAUCAUGGAGGUGAAGGACAACCUGAAGAAGGCUGAGGCUGGACCUGUGACACUGGGCACCACAGUGGACACUACACACCUGGACAAUAUGAGCCCCCGUCCUAAGGCCGCCACCACCUCCAGCCUAGAGAGCACCCCGGUCAACUCUGCCACUGCACUCAAGAAUAGGCCUCUUUCAGUCAUGGUCACGGGCAAAGGCACUGUCCUCCAGAAAGCCAAGGAAUGGGAGAAGAAAGGAACAAGUUAGGAAACAAGUGUCAUCUAAAGACUGUGUCAAUGUGGACCUUGGUGACAAUCCUGCUUCGGUAACGUCUUCUUUAAAACAGCACCUCUGAGAAAGGGUGAGUCUGUUUAGAAGAAAAAAGCAAGGACUGGGGUAUUCUGAAUGAAGAGCUUUGGCUAUAAGGAAGCUCUGUUCCUUUUCCAAACCAGAGGGAACACUACAACCACCACACAAAAGGCUUCUUUGGAGACCUAAGUUUACUGGCUGUAAACAAGACAUUGUUUGUAUUUAGAGAUGUUCUGUUUCUUUUUUGAAGUUUUCAUCAAUUGGUUUAUCCAGAUUUUUAAGUAGUGAAAAGCUUCUGAAGUUUAAACUUCAAUGAAAGACAGUAUCAGGGCCCUGGGGCUUUGCUGACUGAGAAGAACUGAGCACCUAUCAUCUCUCAUCCAAUACCUCACAGUAUUGGGCGUUAAACCAUCCUUGCCUUCCAGUUCAUGUUCUCCAAUAUGUAUUAGUGAUGAUUUUAAACAACAGUGGCAGUACCUGUGUAAAACCACCUGCAACCUGAGUUUGUAGAAACAAUACCAGGGGAAAUAUGUGGGACCAAGAGAGACACUGAUCCAAUAAGGUGUUUUUUCUUCCUACUCCACGGCAGGCCUCAAUGAACUUGCCUUUAUAUAAAAUGGUAAGUGAUGCUAUAUUAUGUAGACAAAAAUUAUUUAAAAUUAUGUCAAAACAGUGAAAAAGUGUUUUGAGAUUUAACUGACUUUUACAUGACUAUAGAAAAAAAAAUUACCUUGUGUUUACAAGUGCAGUCCUAUGGUCAGACCAUUUUUAAGGGAAGAGUUAUUUACUACAUUGUGCUCAUAGUUCUUGUUUUGAAGUUCUAAUUUCUAGUCCCCUUGAAAGAAAAAGGUGAAUUUUGAUGAGGGUGGCCUCCCUCUUCUCUGGCAGUGCUACUCUGUAUAUCGACUGUCUCAAUGGCAUUCUUUGUUAACACAGGUUGAAACAUUUCAGGGGGUUCUGAAUCAGAGUUCUCAAAGAGUGGUUCCUAAGAGCUAAAAGUCUUUUUUAUCCAUAUUGUCUUUCUAAUCCCAGGGCAUUUAUUUCCUAUGUCAUAAACACUUGGUGAUCUUUACCAAGUGGUCUGAUUGUUUUUUAAAUAAAAUUAUCUUUGUA